AUGCAAAUUAUGGGAAUUACAGAGGAAGAUGCAAGGCAGAAACACCUGCAGGAGACUCGUACAUGGCGCCAACCCCUCACUCACUCUGGAGAAACGCCCACAAAGGAAGAAGUGCUGAGGCAAAAAGCACAAGCACGUCGCUCUAGGCAGCAGCAGCAGCAGCAGCCAUGGUGUCUCUCCUCAUGGUGGGGCGAGCGGCUCCCCAGGAACCUUUGCCAAGAAUACCUGGUGGUGGUGAGGGAGCGCCUGGCAUCCGUCAAGAACAAGGUGCUGGUGCUGUCUGGCAAGGGAGGCUUGGGCAAGUCCACUGUGAGUGCCAUGCUGGGCCUUACCUUGGCCCUUGAUGACUCCAAGGAGGUGGGGUUCCUUGACAUUGACAUCUGUGGGCCGUCUCAGCCGCGGGUGUUGGGGACAGCAGAGGAGAAGGUCCACUCUUCAGGUGUUGGCUGGUCCCCUGUGUAUGUGUCUGACAAUCUGGCUGUCAUGUCCGUUGGGUUCCUGCUCAACAGUGCAGACGACGCUGUCAUCUGGAAGGGACCCAAGAAAGAUGUGAUUGACGAGGUAGUGUUUAAGCAUGUAGCUGUGGAUGAAGUGGCUCUGCUGGAUGUGAGGAAGGAAAUAACAUUCUGCAGGAAAGUGAACAUUCCCAUCAUUGGCCUGGUGGAGAACAUGACCACCUUUGUGUGCCCCAAGUGUAAGACCAAGACGGCCAUCUUCCCUGCCACUACUGGAUGUGACCCCCAGCUGGCAGAGGAUACUGAGAUGCCACUGCUUGGCCAGCUGCCGCUGGACCCCUGGGUGGCCCAGGCGUGUGAUGAAGGCACCAACAUUCCAACACGAGCCAGAUGCUGCUGUCACUCAGGCAUACAAAGACAUUGCAAACAAAAUCAAGGAGUACUGUGACGCACAGUCCCAAGAAGCCACUUGACCUGCAGCGGUAGCAGCAGCAGCAGCAGCAGUAAUCACCACACUAACCAACACAUUCUACAGAAAAGUCUUGUUAUUCAUGCAGAGGUUUAUUUUACAUUUACUUCUUAAAUCCAUAUUAUUAACAUCAGUCAGUAUUUUCUUUACAAAUUGUGGCAGCCUUAUUCAUCAUUCAUCCUUAAUUUAUGCCAGAAAGUUUGGGUGAGAAUAAAAACUACAUAUUACAACAGUAUCCAACAAAGUAGUUGUUGCCUUGCCAUCUUAAGAUUUAGUGUAAGUUUAAAGAUUUACCUGUG